UGUAUAUGGAGCCUUAUUCAUUACACUUAAGUUCUGAAGACUCUAGUGUAGUUUCAGAAGUUGCUAGUGAUAGUGAUCCUAACAAUCCAAUUCAAGACCCAGUGCCUCAAGAUUUCCAACCAGCGAUGAAGAAGGUAAAUCAAAUCAUGGCAUAUCUAAAUAAGCUGGAGAAUUACCUUGGAAGUUCAGGGGAUGAAUCUGGAGAUGAAGAGGACAAUUCUAUUAUGGUUAAAAAACUACGACUAAGAACAUUUAAGAAUAACAUAGAAAUUCGAUGUAAAAAGUUAAAGGAAAAAAUCUUGAAGAACCCAAAAUAUAACAAGUGAUAUGAUGAAUUAUUAAAAAUAUUCCAAGAAGUCAAAACUGAUGAGUUCAUCAAAGAAAUAAGUUCUGAAAUGCAUUUAGAGCAAUCUCUCGAAGCAGACCAAGAUACUAGUAAUAAAUUGGAAGAAGAGAAGAAGGAAAUUUCUAAAGAAGUUAAAGAACUCAAAAAGAAGCAAUAUCAGGUAAAUAGAAUUGUGAAUGGGGUUAAAAACAAUCGUAUUGCAGAUGGAGACCUUGAAAAAUUAAAGACAUUAUCAAAUGAAAGUGAGCGCAAGCUAUUUGAUAUUAGUGAUAAACAAACCCAUUCAAACCAGAGAAACUUAGAUAAACUUACUGAAAAGCACAAUGGCUCUAAACAUCCGAAAUCCUUAGCAAAUGCUCAAAGGAAAAGGAAAGAGCAAGGAGAGCCUAGAGGAAGAAGCCAUGGAAAAAGACAGAAAUUACAAGAGAAUGAAGAAGACUUUCAGAAGCCUCAUAUUAAAGAUAGCCCAGGAUUUUGCAGUUACGUCAGAAGCUCCAAACUACUCCAAAUUCGCAAUGACCUAGACCUCAAAGAAGACGAAAGCAUCACAAGUUCCCUGGCCUCCAUGUCUAAAUUUAUCAACUCCUAAAAUUGCUUCUUCA